GCGUGCCUAGAAUAUGGGCGUGUGUAGAAAUAGGGCAGAAAUUUUGAUGAUUAAGUUUCUGUUCGUUUGUUUUGAGAAUAUGGUGUGCUUGAAGAGACAUCCUUUCAGAGGACCCUCCUCUCCAUAACCUCUUCUGCUGUUUUUGGUGGAAAAAGGGGUGUGCCUGUGAAACUGGACCAAAUUCUGACAGUUCUUUUUUUCAUUUACACGGUUACAUAUUUUAUGUUUCUGUUUGUAUCAUGACAUGUAUAUAUCAUGAUAGCAUCGUAUCUAGUGUAUAUAUAACAUGUGCCUAACUAUGCAUUAUAUGUCUCAUAGAAUGUAUUUUAUCGUAAGACAAAAUGACUAAGUGGAGUACUACUCUUUUUUGUUUGUUUGUUUUAGGGUGUGUGUUGUUGUGUUUUUCUCGUUUCCUUUUUGGUGAAUUGACACCAAUGCCUGGCUCUGAGCCCUGAUGUACACGAGUAGUUUGUGUUUGCUACCUAGGCUUCCCUGGGAGCCACUGGGCCAUCCUAGAGGAUCUGCAUGCUUAUGACAAGGCAGAUGUCAGAACCAGUUUAACAUCAGAAUAAAUAUCUGGGUCCCUUUCCAGCCUAUGCUGGAAAUAAAGCUUUUUGUUAACUUCUGAAAAUAAAACCACCUGUGACUGCUAAAACCUGUGUGAAUCCUCGGGAGGAGGCAGUGGGAGGGAUGCUGGCACAGGCCAGCUCUGGGUGUUUUGGCCACAGUACUGGUUUUGUUCUCUUCUUUAGGUGACAUGGUGUUAUAAAUGCUGUUGUUUUCAGCAGUAUUUUCUCACAGAGCUGAGAGCAGGAAGGAGAAAUGCUAACAUGAAUACACUUGAAUUAACUUCAUUAAUUUUAAUGUGACUUUUAAAUGUCAUCUGUUCUUCAGUAACCUUUUUUUCUAAAGUGUUCUAACUGAGGUUAAUGAGAAACAAAGCCCUUGCUUUCCCUCUCAAGUCUCUUUUAGUGAAAAUAAAGUUAGAGCUGCACCAUCUUUUUCUUGUUGGGUAGCUUUCUAGGAUGCAGAGGGAAGACCAGGAGACGCUGAAGUAUCUUCUUUGACUUUGACAUCAGUGUGAUGUUGUAUAUGGUUCUUAGUUUAAAUUAAGGUUUUCUGAAAUUAGGAGAAAUCUGGUGACAUGGAAAUCCAUCAGGUAGGAGAGAUCACUAAAGUUGUAGUAAGUGCAUACUGUAAUUAUUUCUCAUUUUUAAUUCUGCUUCUAGAUCCUCACUUAUUUUACCUAAGUUAAACGAUGGAACCAUACGCUAAAGAAAAAAAAUCAUCCUUGGGUCUUUGGUGUUCAUGUUUGUGUGAAAGAAUCUAGGAUGUUCCAAGAAAAGGUGUCAGCUAAUUGCUUAAAUAUAGUAACAACAUCUACUGAAGAUGGCGCUUUCCAAAAAAAAGGCCAUAGUGCUCGAGUCCUUAGCCCAGAAGAAGCAGAAAAACUGGAAAAAGAUCAGGUUUUGGUGUCUGAGUUCAAACAACUAAAACUGGAGAAAGAGGCACAGAAGAACUGGGAUCUAUUUUACAAAAGAAACAGCACCAAUUUCUUCAAAGACAGACAUUGGACAACCAGAGAGUUUCAAGAAUUAAAGGCAUGUCGUGAGUUUGCAGAUCAAAAACUGACCAUUCUGGAAGCAGGCUGUGGGGUUGGGAACUGCUUGUUUCCACUCUUAGAAGAAGAUCUGAAUAUUUUUGCAUAUGCCUGUGAUUUCUCUCCUAGAGCUGUUGAGUAUGUGAAGAAAAAUGCCUUAUAUAGUACUGAAAGAUGUAAAGUGUUCCAGUGUGAUCUUACCAAAGAUGAUCUUCUAGACAAUAUUCCAGCAGAUUCCGUGGAUGUUGUCACACUUAUAUUUGUGCUUUCUGCCAUUCAUCCUGACAAAAUGCAUCUUGUCCUGAGGAACAUUUACAAGGUGUUAAAACCAGGCAAGUGUGUCCUGUUCCGAGACUAUGGCCUGUAUGAUCAUGCAAUGCUCAGGUUUAAAUCUGGCAGCAAACUUGGGGAAAACUUCUAUGUCAGACAAGAUGGGACAAGGUCGUAUUUUUUUACUGAAGAGUUCUUAUUUCAGCUUUUCAAGGCUGAGGGAUAUGAGCAAGUGGUCAAUGAAUAUGUGCAGCGAGAAACUGUGAAUAGGAAAGAAGACUUGCAUGUUCCAAGAGUUUUUCUUCAAAGCAAAUUUCAAAAGCCUUUCAGUGAGACAAGUUCUUGCUGAUUAGCAACAGCAUUGCUUGUUUGAAAUGGAAGCUAGCACAUCAGCUGUGUACUCAUCUUUCUGGUGAACCAAAAAUGACAGCACCCAGUAUCUCCUGUUGGUUUCCAUCUUAGGAUACAAAAUAUGAAUGCCAUUUUAAUUCAAUUUAAUAUUUAAUUCCAUUUUAAGACAGUUUAGUGAUGCAGGCAGCCUGUUGAGCAUCUGUAUUCCUGCUUCUAAAAUAAAACCUGUGCAACAUUGUUGGAGGAUGAGGUAAAGCAUAAAAGUAAACUUCCAUUUUUAUUAAAAACUAUUUUAAAAUAA